AGCUGCCUAGUUUAUUAAUUAGAGUUCAGCCUCCAGAACCCAAAUGUGGACACAUCCAGCCUCGCGCAUCCCUCGACAGCGACAAAAUAACGCUGGAAGAUAACUAGAAGUUACGACGCAAUGGCAGAACAAAAAACAGCACCCACCAACCCCAUGAAGGAGCUGAAGAUUGACAAGCUCGUCAUCAACAUUUGUGUUGGCGAGUCUGGUGAUCGUCUCACUCGUGCAUCCAAAGUCCUCGAACAGCUCACCGGUCAAACACCUGUCACCUCGAAAGCUCGCUACACCGUCCGUACAUUCGGUAUCCGUCGUAACGAGAAGAUUGCUGUCCACGUCACUAUCCGUGGGCCUAAGGCAGAGGAGAUUCUUGAGCGUGGUCUCAAAGUGAAGGAGUAUGAACUACGUCGGAAGAACUUCUCGGAGACCGGUAACUUCGGUUUCGGUAUCCAGGAGCACAUCGACCUUGGUGCGAGAUACGAUCCUGGAAUCGGUAUCUUCGGAAUGGACUUCUACGUCGUGAUGGGUCGCCCUGGUGCUCGUGUUGCCAGAAGAAAGGAGAGACGGGCACGUAUUGGGUUCCAACACCGAGUGAGGAGGGAUGACACCAUGGCUUGGUUCAAGCAGCGGUUCGAUGGUAUCAUUUUGGUGUGUCACUUUCCUCUUCGUUUUGUGGUGUUGUUAUUAAUGCGGUCACUUAGAAAUGAUCAUUGUCGUCGCUCUGCUCUAUCUUCUGAGCGGCAGGCAUCAGGGAUAGUCUACAUAUGGUUUUCAUGUUGUCGCUGUCGAGGCGAGUUCAACUCGAGGUGAACUACGCUUGCUACGAAAAUGACUGAACUCGUUCCAACUCUACAAUCGGAAUUGAAUGAAGUUACAUAUGUCUUAU